AUAAUUGCAUUCGCUGGUUGAAGUAUUUAAUAUUUGAAUUGCCAUUCAGUUUCGCGAGAAAAUUCAAAAGUUGAUAUCUCAACUACAUCAGAGGGUUGAUACCAGGAAUUUUUUUAUCCCUCUGUGCAUUAACUUAUUUUUACCAACGUUACAAAAAUAAAAUAGAACCACUUUUAAUUUUUUAUGUGAGAAGGAAUUAUUUUUACAAUGGCAUUGUGCGAAAAAUACAUGGUCUUUAGUUUACUGUGGACUGUAGUUGUUUAUUUUUCAAACACGGUUGUAUGUGAAUUGACUGCAGUAGUUGAAACGGAUAGAGGACCUGUUGUAGGGGAAAUCCUGCAGACAGUGAUGAAUGGGGUCCCCUAUGGCUCGUUCAGGGGAAUUCCAUAUGCUCGACCACCGAUCAAUGAUCUUCGGUUUCAGCCUCCCGAAGAAGCUAAACCGUGGACCGAUGUCCUCCAGGCCACAGCAGACGGUAAUCAAUGCCCACAAAUGGAUUUCAUUGACGACAUCUUCAGCGGUAAUGAGGACUGUCUGUACCUGAAUGUCUACACUCCUAAGGUAAUCUUCAAUGGGACAUCGUCAGGCGAUUUACUACCUGUGAUGGUAUGGAUCCAUGGGGGAAAGUUCGCCACAGGAUAUGCUAAUGCAUCUUACUAUGGUCCUGACUUUAUCCUGGAAGAGGACGUCGUUAUGGUGGCCGCCAACUUUCGUCUGGAUAUAUUAGGUUUCCUGGCCCUGAAUAUCCCCGAAGCAUCUGAGAAUCUCCAGCUGAAGGAUCAAGUCUUAAUUCUCAAGUGGGUUCAACGGAAUAUCAAAAAAUUCGGAGGCGAUCCGAAGAGGGUGACGAUAUUCGGCUGGAGCUCUGGGGGUGUUGACGUCGAUCUCCACAUGAUUUCGGAGGCUUCGAGAGGAUUAUUCCACGGAGCCAUAGCAAUGAGUUCUUCUCCCUGGAGUGCCUGGACCUUCUCCACCCGAAAUCAAACUGAGACUCGUGCCUUCCGGCUUGGAGAAGUCCUAGGAAUUAAUACUCAGGAUAAAACUAUCCUCUAUCGUGAAUUGAUGAAAAAAACUGCCAAGGAUUUGGUGAUCGGAGGCGAAAAAUUAUUACCGAAUGUAAUACAUGCAGAUCGAAAAUUCAAGCCAACAAUUGAAGAUACUAGAGUGGCGGGUGCUUUCUUAACUGAAUGUCCUAUCAGGAAAUACAAAGCUGGAAGUUUUGCUCAAGUGCCCUACAUGACUGGUUACAUGCGGGAUGAAAUGCUGUCUUUCACCACCAGUACCCAAUAUUUACAUUGGUACAUCGAACUUGCUCUCACGCAGUUCGUGGGUCGCCAACAUCCGGUGCAAGAGAAACUAAUGCGUCUCCAUAAUGAACUAUCAAAGUCCCUGCAAAUGCACAUAUCAGAAUUGCCCGCUGAAUUGGUAAUGGAAGCAAUAAACAGUAUCACGAAUACUCUCUACAGACCUGUGAUCGACCAAAAAGUCACGUUGGUGGCUGAAUUGUCUUCAGCCCCUGCGUAUUAUUAUCAAAAUUCAUACGAUCCUGGGGAAUAUUCGUACCAUCGACUGCAAGCGCACAUUAUUCCAACGUUAACUGGCGCUGGGCAUGGGGAUGACUUGUUCACAAUUUUUCACAUAUCCAUAUUCGAUCUACCCCUGGACGCAGACCAUCCCUUCUCAAGAGCGAGGAAACGAAUCGUCCGGAUGUUCACGAACUUCGCAAAAUACGGAAAUCCCACCCCGAAGGGAACAUCAGAUCCGGUUCUGAAUAUCACGUGGCCAAGGGCUGCAGGAAAAUAUAUCGAGAUCAAUGACCAGUUGACAGUUGGCGAUAGUCCGCUCAACGAAGAUGCCAAGUCAAUUCAGAGUGAUUUAUCUGGUUCGGCGUGGGAUGAGUUCAAUGGUUGCGAUCGAUACUAGCCGGCAUGGAAAAUAGCAGAUUGACGAAGCAGUUAUAUAAAAAAAAUACUACCUUUUACAUCCCUUUGGAUUUCAGUGAGAUUUUACAUAUACUGCACCUUUACAGCAUACUGUAUUUGUGGGGCGUACAAAUAUAAUAUACCAAAAUGAAUGA